UGACAAGCGGCUUCUGCCCCGCCCCCGGCCCUGGCUCCGGGUUCCUGGUCCCAGGUCCCCAGAGAGGUGAGUCCGCUGCAGGUGGGCGCGGGGUGCAGUUCUGUCAGCGCCGCUGCCGUCUCAGGUGCCUUCCCGAGCUCGCACCCGGCCACGUAGCUGAGCCGCGCUCCAGAGUGCUGCAGCUUCGCCAAACCCCAGGACCAGCUGGGGCGCGGAGUCGGAUCGGUGAGCCCUCAGAGGCCGGACCGGCUGGGCCUCGGAGCCUUGGGGGCGAGCAGCUGCCGCGCCCCCGUGUACCUUACUCACCAGCAGGAGGCUGCCGCCAGCUGCUAACCCCCGGCGCGCGCCGUGGCCUUCCUGGGCUCACCCUGUAGCGCCCGGCGAAGUGCUGACGGUCGGCCUAAGGAGGAUGCGGGGGAGUUGUGCAGACUACCUGGAUGACAACAUCAACUUUUCCCAGGGAUUCCUACCAGCCUGUUAGGUCUGGUUGCGCAUUUGCUCUGAGACCUCGUAUGCUUGUCGCUGAAAUAAAAGCGGUAUUUUUCCCAGUUUCCUUUUAGGACAUUAUGACUUUCCCCGUUUGCAAAACAGUUGAGUAAAUUGGCAGAAGAACAGACUCUUCCCACUCCCAGGGACUGUGUCGUCUUCAGGAGUUUGGGGUCAAGGCUGACGAAUGAGGAGGCUCUGUCUGCAUCCUUUCCUCCCCAGCAUCCUCAGAGGAGCUUCGUUUCUACCAUCUUUAUAGCAUUCAGGGCCAUGAUCCCGAAGGCUUGAGCUGUUUACAAGGAGAGAGAAGCUGCCUCCUGAGCCCCAAAAUGGCAGCUAAAAUGGAGAUAACUUUGAGCUCGCAGACCCACAUUCAGGCUUCCUCGAAGCAAGAGAGACAUAUAAUAGCAAGGCUAGAAGAUAAAAGGGAGCCCGCCUUGCAAAAAGAGUGGCCCGAUCCAGAGCUCUCCCGCCAGAAUUUUAGACGGUUUUGUUAUCAAGAGGUGUCUGGACCCCAAGAGGCACUCUCUCGGCUCCGGCAGCUCUGCCGUCAGUGGCUACAGCCCGAGGUGCACACCAAAGAGCAGAUUUUGGAGCUGCUGGUUCUGGAGCAGUUUCUGAACAUCUUGCCCCCAGAGAUCCAGGCUCGGGUCAGACAUCGAUGUCCAAUGAGCAGCAAGGAGAUUGUGACCCUGGUGGAAGAUUUUCACAGAGCAGCCAAGGGACCAAAGCAGUGGGUGGCUGUUUGUAUGCAGGGCCAGAAGGUGCUCUUGGAGAAAACCGGAUCCCAGCUUGGAGAACAGGAACUGCCAGACUUCCAACCGCAAACUCCUAACAGAUAUCCCCGGGAGAGCUCUCUGGAGGAGACUUCCCGGGCAGGAUCUCAGGACCAGCAGAGCCCUCCUCAUUGGGAAAAAUCCCCACUCCUCCAGGAACCUACCCCUAUGUUGGAUGGGACAGAGGCCCCCAGAAUGAAAAAUGACAACAAGGAAAAUCCACGGCCAGAGGGGGCGAACGGAGCAGAGCUGGGCGCGGUGUCCGCGGGCAGAUCCAAGGGGAGUGGUCCACGGAGCCCCAAACCCAGAGGGGCGGACGGGAGCGAGCCCCGCUUGUCCCGGCGGCAAGGUAGCCCCCCAAACGCUCAGAAGCCAUUUGCCCCCUGCCGGAGGCGUUGCAGGGAGCUGGAGUACGUCAGCAGCCCCCUGAAGAGCCACCCCCUGAGAGAACUGAAGAAAAGCAAGGGCGGCAAGAGAAGCCUGAGCGGCCGUUUGCAGCGUCGCGGCCACCAGGCCACCCGCUCGGCCAAGAAACCGUACAAAUGUGAGGACUGUGGGAAAAGCUUCACGUGGAAUUCCGAGCUGAAGAGACACAAGCGGGUCCACACGGGCGAGCGGCCCUACACGUGCGGGGAGUGUGGGAACUGCUUCGGGCGCCAGUCCACCCUGAAGCUCCACCAGAGGAUCCACACUGGGGAGAAGCCCUACCAGUGCGGCCAGUGUGGGAAAAGCUUUCGCCAGAGCUCCAACCUCCACCAGCACCACCGGCUGCACCACGGGGACUGACUGCGGGGGCCACGUGCUCUCCCAUCAGAAGGAAGGUACCGGCCUCGCCCUCCCCCUGACUUGCAUGUAAAUCACAAAGCCUGUCUGCGUGACUUACAAGGAAAGCAGGAGGUCCCCUGAGGGGUGGUUGGCACCCCUGGGGCUGGUGAGGAGGCCGGAAGAUGCUGACGGGGAUGUCACCACACACGGGGAUGUGGCGACUACAGUGAUGGAGAAGAGGUGGCAGGUGUGGGCGCUGGGUCAGAGAGCACCAGGGUGUCUGUUGGAGAGCAGGGAGUCACUGCUGAGGGAAAACCAGGACAACCCCGCAGGUGUCCCCAGCGCUUCGAUGUCAAAGCUCCCCCACGCUGCUUCCUUUAUCCUCUAAAUAUGUCCAAGGAUAAGUUCUGUAUAGAGUUAUGCACUUGCCCUCGUACCAGACAAUCUUUAUCACAUGCACACUCCUUUAAUAAAGAUGAGUGAUCCACGUGCACUUCAAGGCAGAAGUUCAUUGGAAUAUAAAUCCCCUAAUAUUCUUCCCAUGGUUCCUGGCUUUUUGUGACACAGGACACAUGAAGUGGCAGUGUGGUCAUUCCUUUUGUGAGGAGAGGGGUAGUAGACAGUGCUUUCACCAAAAUAAAUACAAACACACACACACACUCUGAGGGAUCUUUUUAUAUCAGAGCACCUUUGAUUGGGGGACAAGAAAAUCCCAGCUUCUGCACCCCGACCUGUAGCUAUAGGGAAAAGAUAACAAGAAGCAAACAGCAGAGCCACCCCUCAUCACAAAGGAGAUACCAGGGUGAAAAUCAGCUCUUCGGAGGUCUCAGGGCUUAGUGUAGUGAAUAAAUGAUCCACAUUGUGCAACCACUACCAAAAAGUUAAAAAAAAAAAGAAGAAGUAGUGGAUAUGGGUGUAGACCACUAAGGA